AUGCACACCACCAUCUGGGCCGCCCUCUUUCAGCAGCUGCGUGAAACAGGCAAGCCCACGAUCAAGGUAUACAUUCUCAAGCAAUUCGCCAACGUCUGCUGGACAGUUCCCACUAAUCAAGCCUCAAAUGCGUUCCGUGCGUUCGCCCUCGAAGUGCGCCCACUUUUGGAGGACAUUCAAGUUGUCGUAAAUGCCACGUUUCAGAGGUCAUUUGCCAUAACCAUCAAGUGUUUCAGCUCCUUCGCUGAGAAAACACUUUCCAAUGAGCUCUUUAACGUUCUUUACCGGAAUCUGAAAGAAUGGAAACGGCCAGACAGUAUCCGUGCGGCGUCCACUGUCAUUGCAGCCAUGGCCAACGACAACCCAAGCUGCCCAUCUCCAGAGCAACUUCUCCGCCAAGCACGAUACGACUUGGAUUGUUUCAGCUUCGCUGUACUGCUUGACACCUUCGUAUCUAUCGAAGUUGUUCCCGGUCGCAUUUUGGAUGAGCAACGCAUUGCCGCAUUUCGAGACGAGCUGAGCGAGAUAUUAGACAUAAUUCUCACUGCUCCGCAGACAAACGAAAAGGUUGUUCCACCUUGUGUCAGUGCAUACCGACGACUGAAGCAGGUCUGUGGAUCGUGGGAGCCAGUAGCUGCUGAGCCUUUCGCACUUUUCAUCGUGAAUGCUCUUGCUCAAGCAAAGAUUAGCAAGCUUCUUGUUUGCCCGUUUUUGCAUUUUUUGCAAGAAACAUCGUGUAUCUGGUCGCGGAGCUCCAGGAUUGUGUGGCAACUUACGGGUAGCAGUGACCCCUUUGUGCGCGCCGAUGCCUACGCCGCAUUGGCAACCACUAUACAUGUCAUGGACGCUUCAGAGCAACCGUUGGUGUUGGCAGAUUUGAUGGAAAGGCUUCGUUUUUCAAUCGAGGAGCGCUGCAGUGGCACGACUGUCGCCAUCCUCAAAUUUGUGAAGAAACUUUUGCUGCACGCACACCUUCCCCCAUCCACAGAGGAACUGUACCUUACAAAACUGCUGCACUUGUGUCGUCGUCACGGAAAGGGACUGCAUCAUGAUGUGCCGGCGCAACUGGAACUACUCAACGUGCUUCUCUGCGCUAGCGCUGCACCAGACGCAUUGGUUGUGUUUGCGCUUGAACUUUUUUCGGUGUCUCCCGAUCGUGCGGUUGCGAAAAAGGCGUUUUGUGUGCUUCGCCAUUUUUCGGCGGAGGUGUUUCUCGACAGCGGUGUGCAAACCAGCAGAGAAUACAUGGAUGACACUUACUACUUUGAGACCGCAAUACAAAUGCAACGCGAGGAGCCUUUAGAAUAUGAACUCCUCCCGUUUGUCCGGCUGCAUCGUACCAAAGGGCUUUCCACCUGCAUAUAUACACGGCUUUGCUCUCUCGCUGAGAAUGAGACGAAGAACUCCAUGACUUGCAUUAUUGUCUGCGAUGCUGUGAAGGAGAUUAGCAGGAUGAACGCACCCGAUAUUUUCGUUGAUAUCUUUUUCAAGCACGCAACAUUGUGUCUUUUGUCGCAGCUGCUUGUUUUGCAGGACCCGAUGCCGAGUGAUGCGUAUGUGUCCCUUGUACAGGCAUGCGGAGCUUGUCUUCAAGGGAAUGACCUCGACAUCCGCGAAGAAGCACAUCUGCUGAGCAUGCUAGUCCAACAUUCAUGGAGUGCAAUCGUAAUGUGCACCACCGCUUUGUUUUCUAAUUUUCUUCCAGCACCCGUGUUACCCUCGUGUCGCUUUUUCCGCACUGAUUCCCUUUCUCAAGCAUGUCGCAAUCUGAUUUUGACGUGUCGAGAUAUUGCAUUGUCGAACGAUGUUGCUUUCUACGACAGUAUGUUGCAUGAGAUGCUUACUAGUAACAUAGGCCUACUCAUUUCGUGUGUCUCCUUUCUGCGACAUGCACCAAUUUUUAUAGCGGAGCUGGUGGAGUCGGUGGGCUGCUGGCUUGAAUGCUGCACUGCUCUCUCUCCUUUUGUACCAAAAAGUGUGUUUCGACUCCUCACAGUGGUGUUUGAAGCAGCUCAGAACGAAUUGUCAGUGCGGCGGCAGCGAGCGGGAGAAACUGACUACUCUCUUUUGUCGGUGGCACGCAUGUGCAACGGCAUGGUGAAACAGGCAAUCGAAAUGGAUUUGUUCUUGUGCUGCCCAGAAAUCUGUAAUUUUCUGCUAUUUUUUAUUUUAAAAGAUGCAGAUGAUGAGGUAUUUUUGUUUCGAGAACUCAUUGCUAACAACUGGACAUUAAUUGUCGACUUGUUCUCGUUUUGUGAACGUAUCGUCAUUUGCCUGUACAACGACAACGAUGCUGGUGCCUUAGCGGCGGUUUUGAACCUUCUAUUGGCGUUGUGCGACAGUGUUUAUUUUCCGCAGGUCACAAGCGUUAUUUCACGCGGCUCGCUGGAUGAACUGCUUCAACUAUUGCGCAAAACAUCCGAUUUCAGUCAAAAGCACCAGUGUAUUCGCGUUGUCUCCCACAUUCUCGCCGCAUUUGACGAAAAUAACACCCUAGAAGAAAAAGUGAGCGGGUGCUUUUUAGAGAGUGAUACCGAUGCUGAUUUUUUUCAGCGCAUUGAUCGCUUGGUGCAGCUUUGGAAUGCAAGUGAUGCCCAAACUCAAGCUCGCUUCAAAGUUGUGCUGACAAGCUCUAGCAGCAUAGAGAGACUCGUCUGUGCAGCGGCCGUGGAUGUGCAGUGCAUCCCAAAAGCCGUAGAGGCUGCUCUUGGGGCCUCGACAGACCGCGAGGUACUAGAUGUCCUGCUGCUUAUUGUCACGGAAGCGGAAUCUGAGACACUCUCCCCUCUUUUAUUUGCCAUUAGCGAUGCGGUGUUCGGGGAGAACGACGACCUCGUCAAAAAGAUUAUUUGCAGUUAUCGCUGGGGUUGGUAUGGAGGGCAGCAAACAAUGCAAAUGCUGUUGAGUGGUGCUUGGCGAAACUUAAACACUCCCCUAAGCCAGUAUUUGAAACUACUAUUUGUGUCUCACAACCUCGACAGAACCGAGGGCGACGUUCGCCGUGAAAGAUGUUUACGCACACUGGAUAGCUAUCAAACUUCUUUUUCAUUUUGGCAGUCGCUACCAGGCAUGGCAGCUGUAGAAAUAUUGCAGCACGAAAGGGAAACAGGUUUUUCUUCACUGCGCCUGACGGAGGUGCUGCAGCUGAGAGGCACAUCAGCUCUACAUACAAUUCGCUCGCUUUGCGACCAAGGUACUGGUAUUGCGACUGGGUUUGGCCCCAGUAAUAUUCGUCGUUUAGCGACCUUUAUCUCCACCGGGGUCGAUUGUGAACUGUCCUCAUGGGGCCCUUUAUCAUUACUGAGAUUGCUUCAACUGUUUGUCAGCACUGCUAGAGACUCUCCAGUGGAGUCUGAGCUGAGUGAGUGGCUGCAGCUAGGCUGUUGGCUUCUUUUUGAUCGAGUUUGUCUUUCUUCAAAUACCCAGGACACAACGGAGGCUGUGAGCGGUAAACAGUCGGCGGAAACUUUCCUGACUGCUGAAUUAAUCACCAUUUUCGUGCAGCUGUCGAAUCUGUUUCUCUGCUCCACUGCGAAAACCCUUGACGAUGUUGCGAUUUCCGUGAUCCGUUAUGCAUUGUACAACGCCACUCUCUUCACAAUGAGAGAUGUCAGUGAACGUCUUUUUUGGAUGGUCGUACGUCACUGCAUUUGUGAGGUGUGGGCUGCAAUCACAGCAGAAACUGUCGCGUCGGUGCGAGAUCCCGAGAUUAUUGCAUUUUUGUGCCGUGCUCAUGUGAAGGUAGGACUUCCACUCUCCGUUCAGAGAGAGUUCCACGCUUUAUUCACGCCACAGCUGCUGUCAUACGGUAAUACAGAUUCCGAGCUCGAAGAGGACAGUCUUCGAUGCAUUCUAUGGCUUGUCGGCAAUUUUUCGAGCAGCCAUGUGCACUCUUCGGUGAGUGGUGGGACUUCUUCGUUACAGCAUGCACCAAAAUGGACAGGCACUGCUGAAACUGGCGCAACGCCAUCUGGUAGGCUGGCCCUGAAACGCUUGCCUGCUGCGGAGAGCAGCUUCAGCCGACAAGACGCACACUCACUUUCUGCUGCUGUCCGCCAUGUUACAGCUCAGCUGGCAGAGAGGGUGCUUGCGAAUACAACGGGUGCUACACCGAGCAAUGUUCUUGAUGCACUUGGUGUUUUGUGCAACCUUGCGUCGCCCGCACCAGCUGCGUCUGGCCCCGCAGCCCCACUGCUGUCGAAUGCCGUUAGUCUAGAGCGCGUGUACCGUAUUGCACGCGAUUUCACCGAGGGGUUCCCCCUUAUCUCUGCCGAUGCGUCACUGGAUCCUCCAGCACACUGCCUUAAUCACCUCCUGGGGCAGCUACCUAAAGAGAGGCGUGCUCACAGCAUCCCUGAUCCUUUGUGCCUGAACAGCAUAGCAUGGCUGUUGAGCAAGCUGUUGCAGUCGUGGCGACGAGAGAACGCACCUGACUCGGCGCUGCCAGCUCAGCUUCCAUGCGUGCUCGCCUUUUGCCUCCCCUACCUUUUGCGCUGUGACCUGCCGUCUUAUCUCUGCUCACUACAGAGCCUUCGCUACUUGUCAGUCUGCGGUGCAACUCCUGAGGUGGCGGCUGUCUACGACGUCGCCUUGCCGAGACUCAUGGAGGAUUUGGUGGACGUGCGGUGGGGUGCCGGCGUUGCGGGCUGUUGGUACGAGAUGCUCAUUGAUUGUCUCAGUUGUGUUCCAGGUGCUGUCCCAGAUGGUGGUCGGCAGCUCUCCCGGCGCAUUUGGGAGGGGCUGUGGCGCGGAGCCGGCUCUGUGGAGCUCAGCUGCAACCAGCGCUUCACCGAGCGCGCUCAGCGAGCGCUUCAACAGGUUAUCAACGGACUCGUGCUCAGGUCUGCGCAAUGGGAGCUUUGCCGCUUGGUUGUGCUUGAUAGCGGUCUUCAGAGUCGACGUGUGGUACUGACACCCGUGGCGGCGUCCGCGUUUUCUAUCGUGUCUGAUGCCGAGAUCUUCUUUUGGCUGACACGGGAACUUCAGGAGCGGACGUGGCGCUCACAACUUUUGCAGACACAAUCAGCUUUUGUGCACCACGGCGCUGCGGUCCUUGACGCGGACAGCUCUCGGUCUCUCUUGUUCGAGUUCGAAAAGGCAGUUGCGCCGGUUCGCGAAUCCCCCGACGAGAGGAGUGAGCUUGCAACCGGAGAAGAGGCUGCUUGCAUCAUCGCGGAAUGUGUGCGGGAUUCCCUUUUCAGUGCCACAGACGCUGUACUUGCUGCUCUUAACCACUUCGAUUUUGCCGACAUCGUGCAGCGUCGCGCCGUUUUACACGAGUUGGCUAAAAUGAUAGUGAGAGGCAAUGCGACUACCACGUCGUGGACUGAGGUGUACUUUGACGUUCUUUACGAGCGUGCGGCUUGGCAUGACGAGGGUCUGUGGGUUGCGUGCGCACUGGCGACCGUCGCGGUUGGCCAAACUGAGCUGUGCUGGCCAAAGACGGUGCUAGGGUCGUUGAUUCCCGCUAGCUCAAGUGCUUGGAAGCGUGAGCUAAUGCGUCGCAUUGGGCAGCGUGCCAAGAUGAGUGGCGCACAGCGGGAAACACGGCAGUUUUUUGAGGACGCGUCUGAGCGACUUUCGGCGCUGCAAAGGCCUCCUUUGCCGUGGAAGCGCGAACUGUUGGCGGCGGUGUUGUCUGUAUUUUCUUCUUGA